CUCGAUUUGGCGGUGCUGGAUUGAGAGGCCUGGAGUACAUCACAGGGAAAAAUAACAUGAAGCGGAUCAGAGGCCGAGAGAGACCCCGGACCCGGUAGUCUCUAGGCUGAUUACCUCUGGCAGUUCCUGAGGGUCAUCGUACACCAUGGACAACAGGAUGAGAAGUGGUCGUUCAAAACCCAGAGCAUCCCUAAAAAAGGAGAUGCUGAGUCACCAGCAGCAAAUUUCAAUGAGGUCCUUGCUGCAGAGUAAGACGCCCCUAUGCUGUGUAACAGCCGGCCUGUUUUGGAGAGAAGAUGAAAAUUUAACUCUGGUCACUUUUGUGGGGCUUUCCAGUGUGAAAGAAGAUGCAAAUGCUGCAGAAAUCCAGACACUGACUACUAUUUCCCCUGAGCUUCCUAGUUUACUAAGCUCACUGCAGCUCUACAGCCUAAAGAACACUGAAAUUGCUCUUUUGACAGAUUUGAAGAAACACUCCAAACUAAAAGAGAAUACUGCAUUCCAGCAUUCCCCAUCGGAAGUGGUAUGUGUGGUUAGGUAUCCUGCAUUGUGGAGCUGCACUGAUUCUCCUGUAUUCUCCAUGCUAAGCAAAUACACAAUAGGAAUAAAAUCUUCAUUAGAUGUUCAUUCAGCACAGAAAUACCAAACGGAUGUAUAUCACACAGAGGACGAUGACACUAACCAGUCGGUGUCUUCCAUAGAAGAUGACUUUGUGACUGCUUUUGAGCAUUUAGAAGAAGAAGAAGUAGGGACCACACAUGGGAACACUGGACUGAGCCCCAGUAUUACCAAGUACCAGCGAGACGUGGCUUCGCAAACCUUCCCACUCCAACUACCCGCUUGUCCUGAGUUGCUUCCUUUAUGCUCCCCUACAACCCAAGCCUCCAGAAAAUCUCUUCCUCCUUUACUCACUAAUACUGUACGCCCAGAAGCUUCAUCUUUUGUUAAAAGUUCUGUUACAACAAGUUCAGACUCCAGAAAGCAAAGAAGUUUUUACAUAGUGUGCAACCCUUCUGUGCAAAGAUCAGACGUCAAGCAGGAAUAUGUACCUAGUAUCUCUCCAACUGAGUCUGAAGAUUCCGAAUGUUCAAGCCCGAGUCCAAUAAUUUUCUUGGAUGAGGAAGGGUACCAGAAGAGUCUGAAAGCAACACUGGAAAUACCCAAACUCCCAAUACUUAAAGAUGACAUUGAGGAUUCUGAUUCAGAAGUAAGUGAAUUUUUCGAUAGCUUUGACCAGUUUGAUGAGCUGGACCAAAUCUUAGUGAAUACAUCUGCCAAACGGAAAGUAGAGUCUAGUUCUGGAAAUCCAUCUCCGAAAAUGAAGUUCGGAGAAAAGCUGACUUCAGACUUUACACUAAAACGAUGCACUACAGCAGCUGCUGCUAUGAAUCCACAUAAGUUUGACCAUCCAACCUUACCUGCUGAUGUAAAGAAGCCUACACCUCGAAAGCCAGAAUCACCCUACAAGAGUCUGUCUGAUGUCCCUGACUCUCCUCGACCAAUGAAUGUCUCUGGAGAAGAGAGUAGCCCAUUGUUCAGUCCAAUCCAUUCGUCUGCAUUCAGCCCAUUAGGUAAUUCAGAGUGUUUGGGGAGAAUGGAUACAGACAGUAAACCACGGAAUCUUGGAGGGCUUUUUAAUACCUAUUCUGAUUACGCUGACAAUAUUUCCGAUGAUAUUCUUAAUUCUGUUUUCAGCUAUCCGCAUCCUGCAGAUUUUGAGAGUAAAAUAGAUGAAUGCCGUCAUGCUGCACAGUUGACAAGCAGAGUGGGACUUGCUAAAGAGAUGACUUUCGCUGAAACCCCUAAUUCUGAAGUACCUGUGGUUAUUUCUGAUAAACAGGCAGGUUCAAAUACAUUAAAGAAUGGCAUUCAGAGACUUGCUACAGAAGUAGUUGAAAAAAGUAUUGGAAAUGCCUUUAAAGAUCUACAAAAAGGUGUUUCUUCAUGCACCAGUGCACUUUACCACCUGGCUACUCGACUGACAUCUUCUGUGAUCCAAAUGGCUUUUCAGGAGAUAGGAGUUCGCCGAGCGUUUUCACUGAAGGAGAGUGCUGUCAAUAAUUUAGCUAACUAUUUGGUGGGUGAAGCAAUUACAGGAGCCAUGAAAGAGUUGGAGCUUGUAAAGAAACAAAUUUUUAACAAUGCGGUAGCAAGAUUUGCAACAGAUCUUGCAGAGGAACUGGUCUUUGAGGGAAUCAUGGAAGUUUGUCAGUUCUCGCACCCAACAACACCUACAGCAGCCACAGAUCGGUCCUUUGAUGUUGAAGAGAAGGUUGUGUAUUCAUAUGCUACGGAUUUGUCUGAAUCAGUCCUGCAGGAAGCCUUUAUUGAACUGUCUCAAGUGGAUGUUACAUUUAUGACUCAAGCAGCUAUUAGCAUUUCUUUGGAUAAUAUAAAAGAUGUUGGUGGAGAAACUGUAGCACAGGCAUUGCAUAAUUCGAGCGAGCAGGUCAGUGUUCGGGAAAGGGCGUUCUUUAGAAACCCUGAAGGACAUCUUUCACGGAACGGGAUGCAAAAUACUUUUGACGAUGUGCAUUUGACAGAGAAGGGGUUCACUAUGGAAAAAGGUUUACUUUGUCUUUCUGGUAUUGUGAGUUGUAUAUCUGUUCCCCUUGCUGGAAAAGCGCUUUCUUGCAUUUGGAAUUCGUCAGAUUGCUGUCAGAAAUCAUAUUGUCCCCGUGGACCAUCAGAAACGAAAACUGCAAGUAUUGAACUUGGCGGAUCGUGUUUCAUGAGUAAAACAGCUGAGGAAGUGUUGCGGAUGAGGUAUGUGAACCAGCCAAUGGGUCCUGAAUGGCACACACCCUGCAGUGGACAUGUUUCCCCUGAAAACAUAUUUUUGUGCACUGAGGCUAGUGACACUGACUGCAAACCAAAGCAAGGCAAAGGUGAGGACAUCUGUGCAAUUGCUGCUGCAGAACUCCCAAACUGGGAAAUACCUAGCUGCAGUUUCUCAGGAGAAAUGGUUGAUCUGGUAGUAAAUCAUUCUUUUGACCUGGUUACUCCAUCAAAACUACAGAAUACCACAGGAGAUGUUGCUGCAAAACUGAAUAGAAAAAUACUUGUUAUACCAUCUACCAGCUGUGUGUCUGGCAACAAAGAAAUUCCUGAAAACCAAUUUGCUGAGGUGUUAGCGGAAACAAUUGUAAAUAAUUCAGUGUUUAAAGUGACAACAAUGGGUAUCAAAAACCAAGAGGCUGCAUCUCAUGUAAUGUAUGGGGCAGAUUUACAGGCCGAUGCCUUAGAAAAUGCCAGAGGAAUGCACCAGAGAAUUGGUGAAUUUGAAGAAUGUCAAGAAGCGUUAUCAGUUGGAAGACUAAUUCCAUGUGAUGGACGGAAAGGUGCGUUUUCUCAGUCACCAGAUCUGCUGAGAACACCUCCGGUCUCACCUGCUGACUCUACUGCCUUCAAACGUUUGACUAUUCCCAGGUGCUUUGCCCAAGAACUUAAGGGUCAUUUAGCAGAAGAGUUUCCUCCAUGUACUCCGCCACCUAGUCCUACGAUCACUCGAAAGAAUUUAGGUACGGAAAGUACCGAAGGUCUGGGCGGUCCUGAGCUUGCAGAUACUCUGAAGUCAUUGACUGAACAACUUCAAAGUGAAGUCUCAAUUACAACUCCUGGCAACCCAACAGUAGAGAUUCAAGAGUAUAACCAAGAAAGUGCGACUUUAGGGAUAGGAGCAGGAUUGCUUGGCAAGCCAAGGAUCAAACUUAACAAGGAUAAUUUAUUUUCAGAGGAAGACUUAAUCGGCAGCAAAAGAUGCUCAAGCAGGUCUCCUGGCACGCCACCGCCAACCCCACAUCAGCCUCAGCAUUCUUGCCAUGAGAAUAAUAUAAAGAAUUUUACCAGACAACUGAAAGGAGAGCUGGCUAAAGAGUUCCUGCCAGUAACGCCACCAUCCACCCCGCGGAGGCACUCGGUUCCAUGUUUGGCACAGCUGACUCAGGACACGGAGGAGAAAGCAGAAUUUGUGCUGCAACUGAUGAGGUCUUUGUCUGAGGAAGUUCUGAGCAAUGAUGACGAGGAUGGAAACUUUGAUCUGUUUGCGGGAAAAGCUGAAUCUUACGUCCAACACACUCCAACUAGAGCAAAAGCAAAAGUUCUGGAAAAAGAAGAGUUGAGGUUAGGUAUUGAAAGAAGCACUCUACAAUAUGCGAGUCAAUUGGCGUCCAGCAUAGUUUCAAUGGCAACCGAAAUAGCUGCAAUUUGCUUGGAAGAUACUGGCAAAUGUGAUGGUGAUACAAAGCAUUUUAGGAUCUCCCCCAACAAACUCUGGAAAUCAGGAGUUCGGAGCGAGUUCCAUGCUAAAGCCAUUUCCCCUUCAACACUAACAGAAAGAGAACUUUCAGACGAAGUUGUUAACCCUUUGUGGAGUUACGCAGGCAAGGUGGCAGGGGAAGUCAUUCGAGAUGCCAAAAAAAUGAUCGGUUCCAUAAAGUAUAAGAAGAGAAAAUUCAAAGAUUAUUGGCAAACUGAAAGUAAUGAGUCCAGCUACGGGGAUCAGGAAAAUGGUGGGAAGGAAAAACUAAAUGUUGUGGCAGACCAGUGGUCGCAUGAGCUUAUGGAAUCCGUACUUCACGUACCCCAAAGUCAUAAUACCACUGGGUUAUUGUCUAAGCAUUCAAGCUGUGAGAGUGUGACUGAUGAAUAUGCAGAAUACAUCAUAAGAAUGAUUAGUCGAGAGGGUGGAAAUGGUGAGUUAAUAUUGGAUCACUAUGCUAACAGGCUUGCAUGUAGGACUGUAAAAGCAGGUCUGGAACAAGCAGCCAGGCGAAUUAAGCAAAAGUAUAAGAGGCGAUUACUCUUGUCCCAGCAAUUCAGAGGUGAGAAUACAGCUAAAGAGCUUUUUAAAUUUCUGACCAGGGAGCAAAAUCAUGAUCCGGAUCAAAGCAGAGGAAGCAGUGAUCAAAGAAUGAUCAGAUGCGACUCGGUAGAUCUAUUAAGGUUUGCAGAAUCGGUUGCACAAAAUAUUACCUAUGAAGUCACGCAGAAAUUACAAACAACGACUGUAGCUCAUGGGUUACCCAAAUCCCUUACAGAUUCUUGUCUGUACAAGAGGUUGCAGCUAGAACAAAUGGCUGAAGAUCUUAUUAAAAAGACAUGGACUUGUUCAAUUCAACCCAUCAUCCAGAGAAACAAACUGUACCAUAGUACAGGAAGUUUGAAUGAUUACGGCUAUAACUGUGAGGAUAUGCAUCGGUCACUGCAACAUUAUGAUGGGAAAGUGGUCAAUCCCGCUUACGAGUUGAAUGCCACUGAAGCCGAGGAAAACAACAGACAGAAAGAUUGUUUGGCAUAUGCCGAAACAUUGUCAGAAAUGGUUUUACAAUCAUCUUUAACAGACAAUGGAUCAAGAUGUUGCACUAAUAGAAUCCAGACUACUGGGCUGCUGAACAAAAACACAGUACGAUCACAGUGGCACGACAAAUAUUCUGUUAAACCAAUCGUGCGACCAAGACCAGAGCACCUUUGUCAGAGAUCACCAGUGGCGUGUCAGCUGGAUAUACCUCGGAUCCACAUUGACGGGGAACAGAGAGGAUAUUUUGUAGACAAUAUGAUCUCAGCAGCUAUUGAAAAAGCCAAACGAGAGCUCAGCAAUACAAGCUUGGCAGCAGAUAGUGGUAUUGGACAUGAUGGAAUAAGCUUCACUGAAAGUCUUGCUGCAGAAAUAAUUACUUCAGCCAUGAUAAAUGCCAGCCAGUCCAUCAUAAGUGGUGGUCUUAAAGACGGAUUGUGCUCUGCUGAUUCGGCCACAACUAGCCAGCAGCUCAGCCUCAGUGUUGGUGAUGACAGUACUGGGAGCUGGUCUAACCUGAGUUUUGAAGACGAACACCCAGAUGAAACCAGCAGCUUCCUGCACCUCAGUGACAGUAAUGGUAACAGCAGUAGCUGGAGCAGUCUGGGUUUAGAAGGAGAUAUAUAUGAGGAGAAUAUAUCCUUUCCACCAUCAGACAGUGAUGGGGCUGAAGAUAAAGAGGAACAAAAAGAAGACUCUGAAGGGUUGAUGGGUAUUAUAGAAACAUUAUUGAUUCUGAACGUUGACCUAGAUGUCUCGAGUCUCGAUGCUCAGUUAAGAACAGUGUUGCAGUGGAUAGCAGCCUCGCAGUUUCAGUUGUCUUUGGUCCACUUUAAGGAAUCGUUUGAAAAUGAGCUGUCGCAUUUUCUCGCAGUGGUAAGAAGAGCGAAAGAGAAGGACUGGAAGGUUUGUGAUCUGCUUCAGGAAGUAGUGAAGUACUGUGAAAUGAAGGAGCCAAGAGGUGCUGGAGCUCCCUUCAUACACAAGCCUCUAUUUGACUGGCUCCUGGAGAAUACCUAAAUCACUCACCCAUAAAUGAAUAGCACUUGACCCCACUGUGAGAAGGAUCAUGAGCUCCAACAUGGCAAAAUAUUAAGAAAUGUGCAGGUUUUUAAAUCCAGAAUCGUAAGCUGGGUUCUAUACUUACAGAAGGCUUAUUGGUUAAAAAGUACACAGUAAUGUACAAUAAAAGGACAGAUUACAGAUCCCAAAUUAUACACAAGAAGAAAUAAACCUAUGAAAUUCAAUGGGCUAAAGGUUAAAUUAACGCUUUAGUGUGUGUACGUGAGGGAGGUUGGCAAUGCAUCCAUUGUAAUUUCUCUUUUACCCCUCCUCUUCCCCGCAGGAAAACAUAGUUGGGAAGGGAAUUGGUUUGGAGCCUUGAACUCAUUUGAACAAUAUUGCUUUUGAACCUUGCUCACAUAGCCUCCUGUUUGGCGUUUAAAGAGUGCUGUCACUUCAGACUUGUUUCUGGUCAGAUUGGCAUCGUUCCUUCAUACUAAAUCUUAUGGAAAAGCUCAGUCUGUAGUGAAAUUAAAACUUGAAGUGACAACAUCAAAGGAAGUUAUGAGAUUACACUUUUUUAAAAAAAAGUCUCUUUACAAUCUUAGCUGUUUUUUUUAUAAAGGAAACACAUUUUGCACAGGAUUGGGCUAGUCUGUGAUGCAGCCACCUGUCCCAAAUUGGAUUAAUCUGCCCACAGUCACUCACUAAGAUCAAAUAUGAAAGUUUGAGACUUGGAACAUUUUGGUGCAAGUAUAGUAAUGCACAAAUCGCCACCUUCAAAAAUUUGGGUGAUGGAUGCUUAACUAGAUGAAGUGAGCCAGGACCACUGUACAAUGUCCACUCCUUUCAACUCCACUUAACUGUUUCCUUUAUUAUGUAAACUGUAACCAUAUACACAUAUGAGGUUAAGGCGCACUAAAAUCCUAGCUUUGCUGAUGUUGUGCAGCUUUAUUGAUGUGUGUUAAAGUUUUUCUUAUAAAAAUACAUAUCAGUAUCUUCAUAACUAUAUAGCCACUUGUGCUCAUCAUUGGUGUAGUAUCGGUGCUGAUAUGUCAGCAGGCAAACACGAAAGCCUGGCAAAGCCUGUCAAGGUUUGUGUUCUCGGACUGUGGGAAUGCUUUAUUUAACAUUCAGCUUGUGCUCAAGCACCCUGCCAGAUCAUUAAGGUUCAAAGUACUGUAUCAAGUUGUCGAAUUCAACAUGUUCUUUAGACUGUGUUUUAUGUAUGUGGUGGUUUAUUUCAGAGACAUCUGGGUUCCAUGCAAUAACUCUUGCAGUCUCUGUUACUGAUUUACAAAAAGUUUGAUAAUUUUGGAGCUACCUAAGUUACCCUAAUGCCAUUAGUAUGGUAAAAUCUCGCAGGCAGAAUUGUGCUUGGAAGCCUCACUUAACAGGUCUACUUUUAAAAUGCCAGGAAUUUCAAACAGAUAAAGGAGAUGCAUAUUGAAACAACAUUACAUUAAGAUCUUAAACUUAUUUUCCUGAUUGAAUAUAGAGAUGUGGUGCUUUACACUUCCUGCUUCAUAUCAGGGCCUCAGACCCAUUUUUUAAAAAAAACACACCCAAUUUCAGAGUUCUACGCUUCCACUUGACUGGUCCUUUAAAAACAUUGAACAAUCGAAACCAGGAAAGUUCUUGGGCCAUCCAUUGGAGCAUCUAGGAAUAGAGAAGAGUGGUAUUGAACUGCACUUGCACCUUAAUCCUGGAGCAGUGGGUGCAAAUGACACCAUCUCCUGCAGGUGCCCUCAAUUGCCAGGAAAAUUGCAGCUUAUCACUGCUCAUGGGUUAAUAUAAAUGAGCAUUUAUCUUUGCAUUGGAUUUAAUCACCUCGUUAUAACAUUUACUGAGAUAUGUAUUUCUGGCAAGUUUGUUAAAAUGCUUUUGACUAGCAUUUCUGUGCUGGUCUGAGAAGUAGCCACAAGUAUUACAGGAGACAUUGUUUAAUUAAAAUAAGAAACUCUCAACCGUUCAGUUCCAUCCAAGUGACCCACAGGUUAAAAUUGCAACCCUUUAUUAUUGUCGUACAUUAAUUUGGCAAGUAUCAGGAUGCUUCUUAAGCAUGGUGAUGGGUUCCUGCAUUGGUCUGAAACCCAGCUGACCAUAAAAGAACCCAAAUAGCAAAAAAGUUAGAAAAAAAGGAAUGUAUCAGUGAGCCACAUUAUUAGCUGUAUAACCACACAUCUGUUGUUGAUAUUUUUGAAGUAUUAUAUUUGACAUUCCUGGUAUUUUAAUUAGCGACCUGGAACUGGUAGAUCUUGAAAUGGGGGAGAUAUGUUGCUACGUAUCUCCUGUCAGGUUAAAUAGAAACAAAAUUUCCACCAAUGUUUUGUAUACUUUCAUCAGCACCCUGAUAAUGUUGGAAAGCUACAGUGAUGAUCAUAUUACAGGCUGAAUUGAAAUCUCUGUUCCUGGUGAAAUCUGGUUUUACUGUUUUAUGGAAAGAUAAAUGAUCAAAAUAUAAAUGAACGAGACCCAUUCCAGCAAUUGAUGGAGGGCCCUCUAUCUUCCAGAUGAAAUUCAAAGAAGUUAAAAAUGUUGCCUAUAAAGAAAAUGUUGCUCGAUAUCCAGAGACUUUAUUUUUUCAGACAGUUUGAGAUGAGAAACAAAGUCCUUGAUUGUGUUGCAAAAGUUCAUUAAUCUUUUCCUCCAAAAUAGGUGUCCGCUUGGGCUAGUUGGUAACACUCUCGCCUCUAUGUAAGAAGGUUGUGAGUUCAGAUCCCACAUCGGGACUUUGCACUACUGUGUAGGCUCACACAGUAGUGCAUGUCUGGCGGAGUGCUGCAUUGUUGGAGGUGUCGUCUUUCAGGUGAAACAAACCAAGCACUAUUCGUAAGGACGUUAAACAUCCCAUAGCACUAUUUGAAAAUAAAAGGGAGUUUCUCCCUGUAUUCUGGUUACAAUUCCUUAGUUAAACAUGGCUGUUAGUAGGACAUUGCUGUGUCCAAAUUCGCUGCCACAUUCGUAUACAAAUACUCAGUUACUGCACUUUACAAAAAAGCUAUGUGGAGUGCUUUGAGAUCCU